AUGAAUUUGAAAAACGAAACAGAAGCCAAUGACUUUAUUCUUCUGGGACUUUCUGACGAUGCAUACACACAGAUCAUCCUUUUUGUGACAUUCCUUAUUAUCUAUAUGUUAAUUUUGAUUGGAAACUGCCUAAUCAUUACAGUAACUAUAACAGACAAUAACUUGCAGACUCCAAUGUAUUUUUUCCUCACUAACCUUGCAUUCCUUGAUAUCUGUUCUUCAACAUCGACUGUCCCUCGUAUGCUUAAAGAUUUUAUGUCAAUAAAGAAAGCGAUCUCAUUUGGAGAAUGUGCAGCACAAAUGUAUAUUUCACUCUCAUUAGGAGAAACUGAGUGUAUUCUGCUUGCUAUAAUGGGAUAUGAUCGCUAUAUAGCUAUAUGUUACCCUUUACAUUACACAGCAAUUAUAAAUAGGACGUCCUGUAUUAGAAUAGCUGCUGGCACAUGGAUAUGUGGCUUUCUGCUUUCAAUUGCCCAUGUCGCACUUACUUUAAAAAUAGACCUUUGUGGACACAAAAAGAUAAAUCAUUUUAUGUGUGAAGUCCCAGAAAUCAUAUCACUUGGGUGUGAAAAUAUAAUGAUCAUUGAAUUUGUAAUUUUUAUUGUUGGUGUGAUAAUUCUGCUCAUACCUGUCACUUUUAUUGUUACAACUUACAUCAAGAUCAUCAUUGCUAUUUUGAAAAUUGCAUCUUCAGCUGGACAGCAAAAAGCCUUCUCCACAUGUGGGUCACAUAUGAUUGUCGUGGCAUUAUUUUAUGGCUCAGCAAUAGCUGCAUACAUGAAACCCCAUUCUAAAUCUUUAUCAGAUACUGACAAGAUGAUUGCUCUUUUUUAUUUCAUCAUAACACCGAUGUUAAAUCCCUUAAUAUUCACACUGAGGAACAAGGAAGUUAAAACAGCUUUGAGAAAGUUCAGACUUAAGAAAAUGCGAUGUCUUCAGUUUUAA